AUGGCAUCAAUCAUACCACUGAAGGAGAAGAGACUCAUGAGUGUCAAACUAGGGGAGUUGCCAAACUGGAUACUGAUGUGGGAUGUCAUCCCUAAAGGCAUUCCUGGAGCAUUUCAAAGAGGUUACUACCAGUAUUACAACAAGUAUGUCAAUGUGAAAAAAGUCAGUGUUGCUGGAGAUUCUACAGUGCUAGCACCAGUGCUUUUGAACUACUGCUGUUCUUAUAAGGAACUCAAACAUGGGAGGCAACACAAGCACCACUGAAGAGGACCCAGUAUGGACUCCAUAUUAUUGACCAUUAUCUUUGCACAGCACCUCUGAAUCUUUUUAUAUUGUAAUUAACACCUAA